AGCCAAUCAGAGAGUAGCAUGCAAAUGUUAACGACAGGUGGGAGAGGGAUAUAAAGGAAACCAAAAUAUUUUUAGAGAUGAAGUCUGUCACUGACAAGCGCGUCAACCUAAAGACAGGGACUUUACAGAUACAAAAAAGUUUCUCAUUAAUCUUAUCAGACCUUUGUGGUAUUUAAACAACACUUUGAGAUAUUGUUUUAAGAGUGGAGCUUGUAUCUGGAGAGUGUAUAAUUUUAAUAUGCGGUAAUAUUGAAUUAUUUGAAUCAUUUCUAAAAUAAAUUGUUCUUCGGUUGCCUACAUUCUUCUGUGAUAGUGAUAGAGAACUACAAUCCUGUCUAUCUAUACUAUAGACGUUUGUAGAGAUACACAUAGUAUGGAUGUAGAUCUAGUACAGUUGGAGUCCAGUCUAUGGGUCGGUAAGAAACGUUACCGGGCAGCCCUUACCGAAUGGCACCUCAACUGGACUGGGCUCGAUAAGAAGAACCGUGACAAGACCGUUUCAGUACCAGUGUUGGAGAUUGUUGCUGUGGAGGAGGGGCAUGUGGAGGUUCUGCCCCAGAGGUCAGUUUCUGAAGACACAGACAGAGACUUCACAGUGUUCUAUGUGAAGCGUAGCAGCAACGGUAGUUCCUAUGGGUUGCUAUGGCGCCUGGGCAGGACCCAGUUCAGCUGUCCCAGCAGGGACCUCAGAGACCAGUGGAUGACCCAGCUGAGGAUUGCCCUCAAAACACACAGCCCCUCUCGUCCUCACAGGCUGUUGGUGUUCAUCAACCCGUUCGGAGGAAAGAAACAAGGGAGGGAGAUCUAUCACUCUCUAGUGGCCCCACUAUUUGAGCUGGCAGGGGUCAGCUCUCAUGUUGUUGUGACAGAGCGGGCCAACCAGGCGAGAGACCACAUACUGAAGAAAGACCUGACUGGUUUCGAUGGUGUGGUAUGUGUGGGCGGGGAUGGAAUGUUCAGUGAGCUGCUGCACGGUGUGAUUAGCCGAACACAGCAGGAGGCGGGGCUAUCGGAGCAUGACCCCUCCCUACAGUCAUGUGACCUUCACAUUGGCAUCAUUCCUGCAGGCUCCACAGACUGCGUGUGUUUUGCCACUGUGGGAGUCAAUGACCCAGUGACCUCUGCACUGCACAUUAUCAUGGGAGACUCUCAGCCUCUGGACGUGUGUUCUGUCCACCACCGCUCGUCUCUGGUGCGUUACUCUGUGUCUCUGGUAGGAUACGGGUUCUAUGGAGACGUGCUGGCUGAAAGUGAGAGACACCGCUGGAUGGGGCCUCUCCGAUAUGACUAUUCAGGUGCUAUGGUGUACCUGAGUAACAGGAGCUAUGCAGGCCUAGUUCAGUACCUACCAGCAGACCCCCAGCUCUCCAACCCCAGGGACAACACACGCUGCCUCUCUGGGUGCAGUGUGUGUUCUAAGAGCACAGAGAGACUGUUCCCCCACUCUCCAGAUGCUAGUUCCAACUACAUCUCCCACUUCAGGCAGUUCAGCAGCGACUCAGAGGGUGAUUGGGUGAGUGUGGAGGGCCGGUUCAAGGCUGUGUCCCUCACCUGUAUGUCCAGCUCCUGUCCUCGCAGUCCCCUGGGCCUGUCCCCCUCAGCACAUCUGGCCGAUGGGACAGGUGACCUCAUCAUUGUACGGGACACACAUCCCCUAGGGUUCCUCACCUUCCUACACAGACACACCAGCACACAGGACCAGUUUGACCUGCCCUUCGUGGAUGUCCACCGCGUGAAGGCAGUACGUUUCUCUCUCCCACCCGGAGAAAAGGAGGAUGAGGAUGAAGAGAGGGAGACAGUAAAUGGUGGAGGGAUGGCGGAAGAGGGAGAGAGAACAAGCCGGAGCGGUUCCCAACAUCACCUGGUAGAAAGAGGAGAGGAGCGAGGGAUGGCGAAUGACAGGAGGAAGAAAGACUUGUGUGGCCUGUGCUGCAGUAAGCCUCCUUCAGUGUCUGUGUGGAACUGUGACGGAGAAAUACUACCUCACACUGAGAUCCUCUGCAGGGUUCAUGGUCAGCUGGUGCGUUUGUAUGCCCGGGGCAUGGAGGAUGGAUCAGCCACGCCUACCAGGAAGUGAACUGUGUUAGGGUCCAUCACACUACUGACUGAGGGAGGCUGUGGUAGGGUCCGUUCACACUACUGACUGAGGGAAGUGGUGGUAGGGUCUGUUCACACUACUGACUGAGGGAGGCCGUGGUAGGGUCCGUUCACACUAUUGACUGAGGGAGGCUGUGGUAGGGUCCGUUCACACUAUUGACUGAGGGAGGCCAUGGUAGGGUCCGUUCACACUAUUGACUGAGGGAAGUGGUGGUAGGGUCCGUUCACACUACUGACUGAGGGAGGCCAUGGUAGGGUCCGUUCACACUACUGACUGAGGGAAGUGGUGGUAGGGUCCGUUCACACUAUUGACUGAGGGAAGUGGUGGUAGGGUCCGUUCACACUAUUGACUGAGGGAGGCCGUGGUAGGGUCCGUUCACACUAUUGACUGAGGGAGGCCGUGGUAGGGUCCGUUCACACUACUGACUGAGGGAGGCCAUGGUAGGGUCCGUUCACACUACUGACUGAGGGAAGUGGUGGUAGGGUCCGUUCACACUAUUGACUGAGGGAGGCCGUGGUAGGGUCCGUUCACACUAUUGACUGAGGGAAGCCGUGGUAGGGUCCGUUCACACUAUUGACUGAGGGAGGCCGUGGUAGGGUCCGUUCACACUACUGACUGAGGGAGGCCGUGGUAGGGUCCGUUCACACUAUUGACUGAGGGAAGUGGUGGUAGGGUCCGUUCACACUAUUGACUGAGGGAAGUGGUGGUAGGGUCCGUUCACACUAUUGACUGAGGGAGGCCGUGGUAGGGUCCGUUCACACUACUGACUGAGGGAGGCCGUGGUAGGGUCCGUUCACACUACUGACUGAGGGAGGCCGUGGUAGGGUCCGUUCACACUACUGACUGAGGGAGGCCGUGGUAGGGUCCGUUCACACUACUGACUGAGGGAGGCCGUGGUAGGGUCCGUUCACACUACUGACUGAGGGAGGCCGUGGUAGGGUCUGUUCACACUACUGACUGAGGGAGGCCGUGGUAGGGUCCGUUCACACUACUGACUGAGGGAGGCCGUGGUAGGGUCCGUUCACACUAUUGACUGAGGGAGGCCGUGGUAGGGUCUGUUCACACUAUUGACUGAGGGAGGCUGUGGUAGGGUCCGUUCACACUAUUGACUGAGGGAAGUGGUGGUAGGGUCCGUUCACACUAUUGACUGAGGGAAGUGGUGGUAGGGUCCGUUCACACUAUUGACUGAGGGAGGCCGUGGUAGGGUCCGUUCACACUACUGACUGAGGGAAGUGGUGGUAGGGUCCGUUCACACUACUGACUGAGGGAAGUGGUGGUAGGGUCCGUUCACACUAUUGACUGAGGGAGGCUGUGGUAGGGUCCGUUCACACUACUGACUGAGGGAAGUGGUGGUAGGGUCCGUUCACACUACUGACUGAGGGAAGUGGUGGUAGGGUCCGUUCACACUACUGACUGAGGGAAGUGGUGGUAGGGUCCGUUCACACUAUUGACUGAGGGAGGCUGUGGUAGGGUCCGUUCACACUACUGACUGAGGGAGGCUGUGGUAGGGUCCGUUCACACUAUUGACUGAGGGAGGCCGUGGUAGGGUCCGUUCACACUAUUGACUGAGGGAGGCUGUGGUAGGGUCCGUUCACACUAUUGACUGAGGGAGGCCGUGGUAGGGUCCGUUCACACUACUGACUGAGGGAGGCCGUGGUAGGGUCCGUUCACCCUAUUGACUGAGGGAGGCCGUGGUAGGGUCCGUUCACCCUAUUGACUGAGGGAGGCCGUGGUAGGGUCCGUUCACACUACUGACUGAGGGAAGUGGUGGUAGGGUCCGUUCACACUACUGACUGAGGGAAGUGGUGGUAGGGUCCGUUCACACUACUGACUGAGGGAGGCCGUGGUAGGGUCCGUUCACACUACUGACUGAGGGAGGCCGUGGUAGGGUCCGUUCACCCUAUUGACUGAGGGAGGCCGUGGUAGGGUCCGUUCACACUACUGACUGAGGGAGGUCGUGGUAGGGUCCGUUCACACUACUGACUGAGGGAGGCCGUGGUAGGGUCCGUUCACACUAUUGACUGAGGGAGGCCGUGGUAGGGUCCGUUCACACUACUGACUGAGGGAGGCCGUGGUAGGGUCCGUUCACACUAUUGACUGAGGGAGGCCGUGGUAGGGUCCGUUCACACUACUGACUGAGGGAGGCCGUGGUAGGGUCCGUUCACACUAUUGACUGAGGGAGGCCGUGGUAGGGUCCGUUCACACUACUGACUGAGGGAGGCCGUGGUAGGGUCCGUUCACACUAUUGACUGAGGGAGGCCGUGGUAGGGUCCGUUCACACUAUUGACUGAGGGAGGCCGUGGUAGGGUCCGUUCACACUACUGACUGAGGGAGGCCGUGGUAGGGUCCGUUCACACUACUGACUGAGGGAAGUGGUGGUAGGGUCCGUUCACACUACUGACUGAGGGAAGUGGUGGUAGGGUCCGUUCACACUACUGACUGAGGGAAGUGGUGGUAGGGUCCGUUCACACUAUUGACUGAGGGAGGCCGUGGUAGGGUCCGUUCACACUAUUGACUGAGGGAGGCCGUGGUAGGGUCCGUUCACACUGACUGAGGGAGGUGGUGGUAGGGUCCGAUAACACUGACUGAGGGAGGCGGAGGUAGGGUCCGAUAACACUGCUGACUGAGGGAGGCGGUGGUAGGGUCCUUUCACACUACUGACUGAGGGAGGCGGAGGUAGGGUCCGACACUACUUUCAGAGAAAAAUAAUGCCAGAAAAGAAAACAAAAUUAUAGUCAAUAAUUCUGCCAGCUAGGACCAAUGAAAUGGCUCUCUCUCUCUGGGGAAUUUUUUUUUAUAGAGUGAACGGAGCCUUACUGUGAUACUGAGAUGUAUCACAAUUGAAGAAGGCUGUAUUACUGUACGAACCUCAUGUAGGCUCAUUGACAACGUAUCAGUUAGUGGGAUGUCUGUGGAAAGACUUAUUUUUCUGACCUGUGACUAUCAACAGAAUAACCAACAGAGCCAUACAUUUGACAUACCUGAUGAAAUGGCUACUGUAACUAACAGUAGGGUCAACAUACAAGUUAGUGGGUCAACGGUCAUGAAUGACUUUGGAAGUAGGUGUGACUGAACGUAAACACACUACCCAAAAGAGCCUUCCAUUUCACUUCAUCUGCUUUCUCUCUUGUCAAAAUAUUCAGGAAUGUUUUGGUUAAGUCUUUAGAUGGAGGUUUGAGGUAAUUCAAGGAAUGUACACCGAGUGUUCAAAACAUUAAGAACACCUGCACUUUUCAUGACAGGUGAAUCCAGGUGAAAGCUAAGAUCCCCUUAUUGAUGUCACUUGUUAAAUCCACUUAAAAUCAGUGUAGAUGAAGGGGAGGAGUCCGGUUAAAGAAGGAUUUUUUUAAGCCUUGAGACAAAUGAGACAUGGAUUGUCUGUGUGCCAUUCAGAGGGUGAAUGGGCAAGACAAAAGAUGUCAGUGCCUUUGAACGGGGUUUGGUGAUAGGCCCUAGGCGCACCGGUUUGUGUCAAGAACGGCAAUGCUGCUGUGUUUUUCACGCAGUUUCCCGAGUGUAUAAAGAAUGGUCCACCACCCAAAGGACAUCCAGCCAACUUGACACAACUGUUUGAAGCAUUGGAGUCAACAUGGGCCAGCAUCCCUGUGGAACGCUUUAGCCACCUUGUAGAGACCAUGCCCCGACCAAUUGAGGCAGGUUCUGAGGGAAAAGGGGGCGCAACUCAAUAUGUAAGUCGCUCUGGAUAAGAGCGUCUGCUAAAUGACUUAAAUGUAAAUGUAAAUUAAUGUUUUUUUUUUACACCCAAUAUAUCAUAUUUUCUACAAACAAUGAUACAGCUUGAUAUGACUUGAUGUCAGUAGCUUAUGGUAUUUUCACCUGUAAAUGUGUAUGUUUAUUUCAGCUACUGAUUUGCAUUUAUGAAAAUGUUGCACAUAAUAAACAGACACCUUAUUAUUUUGCAGAA